AUGGCGGAGUGGACCAUAUUAGAGCGGCUGUUGGAGGCGGCUGUCCAGCAACACUCUACUAUGAUCGGAAGGAUCCUGCUGACUGUUGUGGUGAUCUUCCGGAUUCUGAUCGUAGCGAUUGUUGGAGAGACCGUGUACAACGACGAGCAGUCCAUGUUCGUGUGCAACACCUUACAGCCGGGCUGCAACCAGGCCUGCUACGACCAGGCAUUCCCCAUCUCCCACAUCAGGUACUGGGUAUUCCAGAUCAUCAUAGUGUGCUGCCCCAGCCUCUGCUUCAUCACCUACUCUGUGCACCAGUCGGCCAAGCAGAAGGAGCGGCGCUUCUCCACCGUGUUCCUCUCCCUGGACAGAGAAAUGGAUUACUUGAAGAGAGAUGACAGCAAAAAGAUGAAGAACACCAUCGUGAACGGUAUUUUGCAGAACUCAGACAACUGCAGUAAGGAGGUAGAGUCCAACUCCAUGAUGAGCAAAGAAUAUCCAUGCAGCUCACAAAAACGAACUACAAAGUCAAAACUGCGACGGCAGGAGGGCAUCUCCAGGUUCUACAUCAUCCAGGUGGUGUUCAGAAAUGGACUAGAGAUUGGGUUUCUGGUGGGUCAGUACUUCCUGUAUGGAUUCAAUGUCCCCGGGGUGUACGAGUGCGAUCGGUACCCGUGCAUAAAAGAUGUAGAGUGCUACGUUUCCAGGCCGACGGAGAAGACGGUGUUUCUGGUCUUCAUGUUCGCAGUCAGUGGUAUUUGCGUGCUUCUGAACUUGGCAGAGCUCAACCACCUCGGCUGGAAGAAGAUCAAAGCGGCUGUGCGAGGGGUGCAGGCCCGAAGGAAGUCCGUUUAUGAGAUCCGGAACAAAGACAUGCCCAAGAUGAGUAUGCCCAAUUUCGGGCGCACUCAGUCCAGUGACUCUGCGUAUGUGUAA